AUGAAGGCAAUACGUCGUUCAAGACGACUUCGUUUGCCUCAUCGAAAACAUCAAUUAAAACAGUCUAUAGAAAGUGAUAAUGAUGAAUCUGAUAUUGAACAUCAAAUAUUACAAGAAAAAUCUAUUAUACGAAGUAAUAAAAAUGCUAAUCGUAUACCGACAAAUUUAUUUGAUACAAUUACAAAUUUACCAAUUGAAGAAAAACAAAAUCAAAUAUUACAUUCAUCAUCUAAUCAAUCGUCCUUAUUUCUCUAUUCAAUUAAUAGUAUACAAAAACCAAUAACUAAUUCUGAUGACCUUACACCAUUGACACAAACAACAACUAAUACAACACCACUUACAGCAUUGACAUAUAGUAAUACAAAACAAACAGAAACAAUAAAAAUUGAUUUAACACAAUUAAGUCGUACAGAUAUAUUCGAUAGUUCAUCAGCAAAUACUGAUCAUGAUCAAUCAUUAUCACUUGAUAGAAAAAUUUCAUCAGCAAAUAUUAAUAAUAGAAUUUCAAAUAUGAAAGAUUUAACACAAAUAUAUGAUACAGAUACAAGUAUGAAAUCUGUUGUAUUUGCAAAAGAUAAUUCAUUAGAACAAGAAUUAUCAGCAUAUCAUAAACAUCUAUCAUGUACUACUAUUCCGGGUGUAGGAAAUGGAGAUUGUAUGACGAUAACAUCAUCGUCAAUAGUUGAAGAUAUAUUAGUACCAGUAACUGUAAACACAAAUAUAAAUAUUUGUCAACGACCAUCAAUUCGAUGGCAUCCAUCUCGAUGGAAUUUACAAAAUUUGACAAAUAGAUACAAAAUUUUGAUUAGUUGUUCAUCAUUAAGUUUAAUUGUUGGAAUUAUGGUACUUGUACUUAUUCUCUGA